UUUCUUCAUGGCGUCUCCACAGCAGUCAAGAAUUCAGUCCUAUCUGGAAAAGAAUAAAAUUGGACCCUUGUUUGAGGAGUUGAUGACCAAAUUGAUAACUGAGACUCCAGACCAUCCAAUCCCUUUUCUCAUUGAUCACCUGCAGACCAAGCAAGACAGCCCCGGAAAGCUGCACAGAGCUCUGUCAGGCUCGGCAGCACUGUGGGCACAGAGCUCCCCAGAAAGCAAAAACACUCGCAGAGAGUACAGCAACUAUGAGAAGCCAUGGCAAAUUCAUCCAAAGAAACCUAAAAAAUCCAAGAGUGACCUGGCCGUAUCGAGCAUCUCUCCUCCUUCACCUGAAUCUAAGUCCUUGCCAAGGUCAAUUGAGUACCCAUCCUGGGACUGGAGGGAAAGCCGGGACUUCGACGAGCUCAACCACAUCCUGCAGGAGAGCAAGAAACUGGGCAAGGCCCUGGAGAGUCUGUCCCGCAGCAUUGCCAUCUCUGACGAGCUCGAUCAGAACCUGGGGGGCUUUAACUCAGUGCUGCGCCCCCGGGUGGUGGGGGAGUGGGUCGGCCGGGAAGAGGAGGAUGCGGAUCCCCUGGCUGCUGAGAUGCUGCACCCCCCGGUGCCCAGGGCUAAAUCAGAGGUGUGCUGGAGUGGAGACAGCAGCCCAGCUGGAAGUCUGAAGAUGGAAACAAAGAGCAAAGGGCUCAGAGAGCAGCAGCAGCAUCACAAGAAGCUCUUGGCAGCCAUGUUGUCCCAGGACAGCUUUGAUUCAGUGCACAGCCCGGCGCCAUCCAUCGCAGAGGAAGAGAUGGAGGACGAGGACGACGCCAUGGAGCUCCUAGAGGACCUGGAUGACCUGCGGAUGGAGGGUGUGACCGGGCUGGCUCCAUCUGGCAGCAAGUUCAGCCAAGGACGCAGCUCUUACCAGCCUGAACCACAGGCCAAAGUGACUCUCAACAUCUGCUCUAGGUGUGCCAGGUUGCAGGGCGACAGUUUAUCUGACGGCAGAUCUGAAGAGGAUCACAGGACCCAUGUAGCUGAGCAAGCUGUGCCUGACAUCUCCUCUCCGUUGCCCGGGUUGGACAUGGUGGCGGGACGAUUGCAGGAAUGCGACGCCUUGUCUCAAAUGUCAUCUUCUCGUCAGGCUGUCUGGGAGGCUGAUCUGAAGGCUGUGAGAGGUGGGAGCUCUGUCGGGCAGACGGGCCUGCUACUGGGCGACUCCCUCUUUUCAAAAGAGCUGGAGAACAUGGGCAAACAGCUCGCUGAGGUUGAAAAGGACCUGGCCAAGCUUGCAGAAGUAGGAAAGAUGACCACCCGGAGCACCAAUAAUCCACAUGGCAGUCUGCACCACUCCCCGCUGCGCCACAGAACGCUACCUGACACACUUCCUCUCCCUAGUCUGCUGUCUAGACCUCAGUCUCCAGCUGGCAGCCUCUCAGGCAAGCCCAGCAGCGUGGGCCUCCCUCUUCUCAGCCCCAAGCCCACCUCCCUGGUCAUGGGUCGGACUCAAUCCCCCAGCAACCCCAGUAGCCGGACUCAAACGCCCCGAACACCCAGCAGGCCCCUGACCCCAAAUAGUUUACUGACACGCUCCACCUUUAACCCUGGGUCUCAUAAAGAGGUGACCUUCAGGAGGUCCCGGAGCCGACCGGUGACACCCACAAGUCAGCCUGUGCUUCCUCGCCCGCUGCUCACCCCGCCUGGACUAAGCACUACAGACACCCUUGGUGCCAGCCUACGGGCCUAUUUGUCUGAGGAUGAGUUUUACCAGCAGUUACAGGCCAUCAGACAGCCUUGGCAUAUUCCCAGUGACACAGACAGUGACAUCCUGGAGCCUCCUGAACAGGACAAGAGUGGUGCUCGAGAUGCCAAUAAGAGAUCUGUGUUUUCAGGCCUAUAGUGAUGAAGACCAGAGACAUCAAUCCAAUCAAACUAUUAUGCAAACCACUGGACAUUUUGAAUAAGUGUAUGGAGACGAUUAUUUUU